CCCGAGAAGCUGGGGCACGUACACCCAGUAUCAAAUACACCAGUUCAUCAUCGCCGAGCGCAGGAAACACGUGGAUUAAAUAAUUUAUCAGUAUCAUUAGCGUUAUCAAGUGACAAAGGGUUUAAUUAAUACCGCUAAGAUGGCCGAUGAACUGCCCCCGGAACAAAUCGCUGUUCUGCGCAAGGCAUUCGACAGUUUUGACCGUGAAAAAAGCGGUAGUAUUCCGACUGAUAUGGUGGCGGACAUUCUUCGGCUGAUGGGCCAGCCCUUCAACAAAAAAAUUCUUGAUGAACUCAUUGAUGAAGUCGACGCAGACAAAUCUGGCCGUUUGGAGUUUGACGAAUUUGUAACGCUCGCUGCUAAAUUCAUCGUUGAAGAAGACGCGGAAGCCCUCGAGAAGGAACUCAGAGAGGCGUUCAGGCUCUAUGAUAAAGAAGGCAAUGGAUAUAUCCCAACAACAUGUUUGAGAGAAAUCCUCCGAGAACUUGAUGAUCAACUCACUGAUGAAGAACUUGACAUUAUGAUCGAAGAAAUCGAUUCUGACGGAUCUGGCACUGUUGAUUUCGAUGAAUUCAUGGAGAUGAUGACUGGCGAAUAAAAAAUCAUCAGUUGACACUGGAAUUGUCAACUAAAUCAGUUUAUGCUACUGUCAUUUCAUUCUUUCGAUUCACUAUUCGCACGAUAUUGAUUUUAUACAUCAUUAUUCAUGUUAAGUUGCUGACAUACAAAUCUUUACGUUCGCAUUUGUAAACAAUUACAUUGUCACCGAAUACUGAUGCAAUACGUAAUUGCCUGAUAUACAUUAUUCUUUCGUACGCAUAUUAUUUUUAUAGCGAAUCACUCGGAAUUUGGUCGUUCCAAGUGAUUCAGUUAACAUCAACAUUCAUUCAUUGUUAUAAAUAAAAUACUUCAAAGGAUAAAA